AUGAUGUCAUCUAAAAUCAACAAAAAUCAAGAAUAUUCGGCCAACUGUACAUGGCAACGAAAUUUAUCCGAUGCACGUGAUAUUCGCAUUAAUGUUGAAAAUAUUUUUGAUAGUUCGUUUCAAUUAUUGCUUGAUGUGUUGAAUAGUUUUAAAUCAUUAAAUGAUACUGAUCCGGCAGGUUUACUUUUAUCACUAUUUACAUGUGUUGGUCAUUUUUCUGGCGAUUCAGUUGUGAGAAUAACAAACCACGUCAGUAAUCUUAAUAUAUUUUUAUUAUUGAUUGGACCAUCAGGUGGUGGAAAAUCAAAAAUUAUAGCACCAAUAAAAACUAGUAUUAUUAAUACAAUUAAAGCCUUGGGAAUAUCAGACGAUGAAGCGGGAAUAGUCGAUGAUUUUACAACAACUUCUCUAUCUGCUAAGUUAGCAAAAUCUAACGUAUUCGUUGUCACAGAUGAAGCUGAAAAGCCUUUAUUAGAAAUGGGUUUUUAUUCACCAUUGUCUGAAGUUAGUGCAAGUGAUCGAAUUUCUGGAUGUAAAUUUUAUGGUAGCAUUCCAACAAGCAAAGAUACAAUGACAUACCAUUUAGAAAUUGCUUCACAUCUAUCUUUUGUUGGAGCAACAACAGGUCGUUUGUGGCACCGUUUAAUACAUUAUUAUUCUCAAGGUCAUCAAAGUGAUGGCUUUUCAGAACGGUUUAUACAUUAUGCCAUGCCGAAAAGAACAGACGGAUCUGCAAAUUUUUCUCAAUCAAUUGAUUAUGAUGAUAGUGACAAUGAUAAAAGUGAAAACGAAGAUGACAUUAGUGAUAAUGAUUAUGAAGUUGAAAAAUCGAAUAAAAUUCACAAAAAUCUUCCAAGUUUAUCACAAAUAUUAAUAAUUUCACGUUUACUAGGAAAGCGUGAAUUUAUUUUAUCUCGAAAUGGUACAAAAAAAUUUUUCAAUAAAGUACGCCAAUAUCAAGAAUUAUCUCAAUUUGAUAAAUCAAACGACGUUAAUUUUGGAUCAAGAAUGGGUAAAGCAGCAGAAAUUUUAUGUAAACUUGCUGCCAUUGCCGAAAUAUUAAGAAUAACUAUCGAAAUAUUGCAAAUUCUUCGAGCUCAAAACCAACUUCAUUUUGAUGAUACUAGUCUUAUAUUCAUUCGAAAGGCAACAACUUUGAUUGAACGUAAAUAUUCAUGUUCAAAUAUUAUAUUGGAAAUUCAAUCAUCAAGUUGUCAUAUUGCCGGUCAACUUCUAUGCAGUCAUCUGAUAAAGAUGUUAUUUGCAUUAUAUAAUACUGAACCAGUUCGUCAAAAUAUGAACAAAAUCAAACUUAAUUCGAUUUCUAUUCAUUCAACAAUAAUAACAAUUCGUCAACGUAUUAUUCAAAUGCCUCAACUUUUUUUUCUCAAACGAGAGUUAACAGGAUCUAUGGGUUUACUUCGUCAUUUUCCUAGCGACUUGGUCAGUACUGUCAUUGAUGAAUUAAUAAAUUAUCAGUUAAUACGACAAGGACCAUAUAUAAAUACUACUUCGCGUGGUAUAGUUCAUAUGAAAUCAUUUCCAUCUGAUAACAUAUUAAAUGAUCCAAUUAAACGGAAUAUGAUCAAUCAAUUAUUGACUGAAAUUAAAAUGGAUUUGGCAAAUUACAUGGUAAUAUUAUGUAAUAGUAGUAUUAAAGACAAACAAAUAUUAACUACAAAUGGGAUAGAAAUGUUAUUACUUCCUGAACAUAAACUAUUGCAUGAAAAUUUAAAAAAAAAUUAUCCAGAUCGUAAUUUCGAUAAUAAUUCAAAUGCAAUCACCAAUACAUUAAACAUAAAUAAUAAUACUUGUUCAACAACUGAAUUAAAUAAUAUUGUCUGUUUGAAUAGUAACAAAAUUUCAUCUACAUGUACACAAACUACUGUUGCUUCUACUGGAAAUGGUAUGUUAAUAUUUAAUAGUUGCAUAUCAAAACAUAAUUCACAUUUUGUAGAGAUGGCAUUUAAAGAAAGUGAUGGUACAAAGAAUGGUGUUCAAAUACUUGACAAUAAUGUAGAAUUGAAUAGUAACACAAUUAAUUCAGAACAAGCUUGUAAUUCUACUUUAAAUAUUGCAAAAAAAAUAGCACCUUCACUCAAUUAUACAUCACCACCAUCAAGUUCAAUUAAUUUUAUGGAUAAAAGAACGUCAAAUAGUCAAGUAGAACAUACUUAUUCACAAUUUAACCAAAUCGAAUAUAAUACGACAACAAAUCAAAUUUAUUCUUUGCAUAAUGACCAAGUUAAUACUUAUGUGAUAGAUAAACAACAUUUCAAUACAUGCAAUGUUAAAAAUUUAGAAAAUUAUAAUUGGGAACCAACGACAUCUAAUAUUGAACAUAAUGAAAUACUCGUGCCCCAUAAUUCUCAAAAAUAUAAACGACGAAAAUCCUCAACCAAAACCGUCAAAGCAAAACGAAAUAAUACAAAACAAUAA